CUCGGCAUGGGAGUCAACGCAUUUUGGUGUAUGAACUUUUUUAGGGAAUGAAUGAUAAUGAUUCUUGCUACAUCACCGAGUGCCAUUGUAGAAGGAAUCCCCCGCUUCAGGCUUCUCGCGGGGAAGGAAAAGCGAGAGUUGUAGACCCAGGUACCAAAAAAAAACCUUAGCCUGACACGUAGAACCAAAUGAGAAGUUAGUACCCGCCAGAAUAGGCGUUUCCAACUUUCGAUCUGGAGGUGAUGUGUAUAUUCAAACUUUUCUAACCUUCAUCUGGAGGAGAUGUGCACCAAAGAAUACGUUGGGCGAGGGAGGGCAUCAGGCCCUUCUCCGGUGAGCAGCGCACCUCAGUCGCCCUCGAUGCUGCGCAAGGGAUCUCGCAUCUUCACUACUCGAAGCCCAAAGCGUUUCACCGAGACAUCACUACGAAUUUGGAAUUGUUUUUUCGCAUAGACCUAGAGUCAUCAUUAGGAGUUUGGACUUGUUUUUAAUACCGCUUUCGCUUAGGCAAAAAUAGACGUGGAGUACUUAUUUUAGAAAUGGUAGUAGCACAAAUCUAAGAAAAAGACCCCGAACAUCAUACUGGAUCGAAAGGACACAGCAAAGGUCGGAGACUUCGGUCUUGCUUGUAUUGCGCAAUCAGACGGCACGCAUACCGUCAAGCAGACGGCGGGGACUGUGGGGUACCAACAUCUCUGGUGGUUUUAUGUGUUCCGUGAGGUAUCCGGUUGAAAAAACAUUAUCUUAAUCAAUGCAAAGCAAUCAUCAUCUACUAAAGAUUCUGAAGACUACCUAGCAGAUGAGUAGAUAACCACGGAUUUUUACUGCAACUACUUAUCUACCAAUUUUUCAGGUAUGUUUGUCCGCACUACAUCCGAAGUGGGGUUGUCUCUGAGGCGACAGAGGUGUAUGCAUUCGGAUGCGUACUCCUGGAGUUGCUUACGUUAAGGCACCAGCUCAGGUGUAAUUAUUAUAGGCUAAGCACGUGCUCUCAAGAGUCAAGAAUAUUCUGCAGUCGCGGCUAGAGGAGCAUUGUCUCAUCACUAGGAACUUGCUCUAUUAACCCCAGGACCAGCAACACUAACCACAGGAACAGGAUACUAAAGAUUAGAGGAAGUAGAAUUACGACACGGUCACAGUCGUGUUUAGUAUCUCUAACUCUAGGAACGCCACCUGCUGUGCAAGUGCGUGAGA